AUGGAGAAAAAGAUAUCAUCAAUUGAGUGUCGAAAGAAAUCCGGAAUUGCUUGGACGGCGAUUCGAAGCGAUCAAUUGAGAGGAAUCUUCUUGGAAAUUUUUACACCAGAAGAUUCUAAUAUCGCUGCUUGUAUAAAGAGUCUCAUUAGAAGCUGUUGUAAAUUCUCGUGCUGUAUGUGCUGCCAAAACUGUUUCUUUUGUUGGAGGGGAUUGUUCUUUCGAGAUGAAUUUCUCUUGGAAAACUUUUAUGAGGAAAUCACGCCUCAAGAGUGGAACUCACUGGAAAAAGAAGCAAGUAAAAUAAAAGGCGAAGUGACAGAGAAAAUUGUUCUGGUAAAGACAAAUGCAUCACCAUCAAUCCCAGAAGAGGUUGCGACCUCAAGCGCACAGGAGACACCCAGCUCCUCGCAGUCAUUGACAGACGGUGGAGCCUGUGACUUCAAUGAAGAUUUAGAUACCACCGAAAAUAAAUCUACGAAAACCCCGUUAAACACCAAAUAUGUACCCUCUUACACUGAACCCUGGUUCGUGACAGAGAUGUGGAAGAACCCGGGUAAAACUAGAACUAAAAUGAAAUCUUUUAAAGAAAUAUUCCGGAAGAAAAAAUAUUCACGCUUUUUAGAUGAACAAAUUGACGAAGAUUCGUCGGAUGAUGAACUUUCACAAGUUAAGUCAAAAGUCAAAUUGCGAACCAAGAUCCUAACACGACGAAGUCAACGCCGAAGCCGUGAAAGAGAGCCACCUGAAGUUUCAUUAUCGAGAAGCUUGUCACCCUCUUCCAUGUUUAAUGACUACCAAGGACAUAUUGAGACUAGUAUCUCUUUUGCUGCGCAUGUCAGGAGACAAGGUCCCGGAUUUUCGGCCAGUUGUACUCAGACCCUGCGCACCAGUGAUUUUAUGUCGAUCAGCGACUUAUUUGAAAGCGAGGUACAGAGUAACGUGACGGUCAAUCCGCUCUUCGAGGACGACGACAGUGAAGACGAAGAGUAUGUCAAACGAGCAAGACCGAGGAGGUAUCGAUUGUAUACCAUCGAUGAAGAAUCGGAAUCUUUCGACUCCAAUUAA